AUGAAGUCAUCUCUCACAACCUUCUUUCUCACCACUACCCUCGCUUCCGCCCAAGACUGGCAUUUCGUCGCCUUCACCACACCAAAUGGACAGGAAUUCAUCAGCCAAUCAGGCAACAUGAUCGUACCUCCGAUCCACGAAGCAGCAACAAACUACCUCUGGCCAGGCCUCCAAAGCACCGAUAACUCGGGCGUGUACCAAAACGUACUCGAUGGCAGGUCAGGAAGUUGGUGGUUUGGGAGUGGUUGGUGUUGCUCAAACCCCAGUCUUCCAUGGGGUGGAGGUUUCAAUGCCAACGGGGGCGAUGUGCUUUUCUUCAACAACUCGCGCGACGCGAAUGCGACACAGUGGGUCAGUGUAAUUGAGAAGAACUGCGGAGAAGCGUUUGCGACAAACACUUUUCCCAUUGCCGACAAAGUGAUGAACGAUGCACCAUUUGCAGCAGAAUUGUAUGGAGCUUGGGAUUUUGGUCCGGUGGUGUUUGAGGAUGUAGUUUUGAUUGCUACGGGAAGUGAUACAGGGUUUUGCACCGAGUAUCCUUGGAACUACAAUGGUGCGACCAAUGUCAGUGUGGUUGGUGUGCAGGCGAGUGUGGACGUGGAUACGGUCACUUGCAGCAUUGAGAGCAUCACGCUCUGGGGACCCGCAUGA